AUGCAGGGUGAUCCUCAUGGGUAUUUUCACAUUGUAUUACUCUGCCUAUGCUGGUACGUCAUCUCAUCGUUUGCUUCGCAGGUAACAAAGAAGAUCUUAACGAUCCAUCCAUUACCGUUGUUCUUGGGUGAAUUUCAGUUUGCAUAUACAGCGUUGCUGGCAGCGCUAUGUUGUAUUAUUGCGAAGGGAUCUCUCAGUUUUCAUAGCAGGUUUCCUGAAGGUACAUUACCACAAUAUCAUGAUAAAUCUCAUCCACAACACCAAAGGACAAUUUUCACUAGACCGACAAGACACGUACUUCUUACAGUGCUACCGCUAAGCAUUUUUCAAUUUUUGGGAAAAUAUUUUGGCCAUACAGCGACUUCUUUGGUGCCAAUCUCUACUGUAGCUAGUAUCAAGACGCUGUCGCCAGUAUGCAUUAUAAUUUUACAGAAGGUUUUCAAAGUGUCUAAUUCGCAACUUGGCAGUCAAGUUUACCUGAGUCUAGCAUGUAUCAUUCUGGGCGUUUGGAUUAUCGUUAGUGAAGAUAAUAAAGUCUAUUCGAGGGUUAGCUCAUUGGCAGAUUCAAAUUCUCAACAAUAUUCAUCAUAUGGGAUUCUAUGUGCAAUUUCAUCAAUGAUAAUUUUCGCUAGUCAAAAUAUCUAUGGUAAAGGUGUUUUUACUUAUAAGCAGGAGAAUGCUAAUAGACUUGAUAGAGCGGUUGCACCAUUGCCAUUAUACACUGAAAAGAAGGGAACUUUAACGGUACCUGAAUCCAUCAAAUAUGAUAAAUUGACCCUAAUGAUGUACAUAUCGUUGGUUGGAUUCUCGCUAUCUUUUGGAUGCUUUAUGAGUUUAGAAUUCUCCACGGUUUACGAUGAGAUCAGACAAUUUGGGAUUGGUUGUAUUCCAUGGUAUUUAUUCUUCAUCAAUGGUACAUUUCAUUUCUUGCAAGCUAUGAUUACCUACCAACUGUUAGGCGAAGUAUCUACUCUGACCUAUUCAAUUGCUAAUAUCAUGAAACGUAUAGUAGUGGUGACUGUAAGUUGGCUAGCUGCAGGAGGGCAGAUAACAGCUAACCAAUUGAUAGGAUUAUUACUAAACGUGUUUGGACUAUUUUUCUACGAAAGAUACAACAGCAAGAAGAAGAAAGAACAUUAUCUCCAACAAAUCAACCAUCACAAGACACUACCAAAGAACAAGUUUUGA